AUGGCGGCCGUCAAGAAAGAAGACGUGCCAUUGAUCCAACUACUGGUCGUCACGGGCACCGAUGCGAAUCAGCUCGAUGGCGAAAACUAUGUCACAGCCCUCAUUACAGCAAUCUUGAAGCAAGCAAAUCUUGUUGUGAAAAUGUUACAAGAUGCCGGAGCCAACCCAGAUGUAGAAGUGGGCUUAUGCAGUCUUCAUCCGUUGCAACUUCGAUUGACUAGUCCGCCCCCGAUGGCAGCUGUCGAAAUGGGCGAUCUAGCUGUAAUAUCAACUCUACUUGAGUUUGUCGCUGACGUUGACGCAGAGGGUGAUGUGAUCCUGCUAUGGUAG